UUGUGGGUAAAUCGUAACCAAGUUAGCAUAACAGCUAACCUUUUCAAACGACAGAUUCGCCUUGUUUUGGUUCACGUAGGUCGUCCGACUCGAUCCGAGACAGAAGUCCGGAGGGUACAGAUGGACAAAUACCGACAGAGACGUGUGGUAUAGAGCUAUUUCAAAGACACGGACCCCGACUCGGUGCAGUGUCUGCUCUGUUCCGAGUUUGUUGUGCGYAGAAAGGACUGUGCUUCCACGACUUGGACACCUGAGUGCGUCUAAAACAUMUCGCAGAGCUCUCCGGGACAGAGCUGGACCUGAAUGCUGAAAGUGCAGUGGACCCAGAGCAUCAAAGCAUGGAAAUAGACGGAGACCAGAUAAUCUCUGUGGUGGUGGAGAUGGAAGACGACGUCUCCAACAACAAGACCUCACCUAACGAUUCUGACACCAGCUGUCCUGUCAGUGCCCCACUGGAAACUUCCCAAGAAUAUUUGGCAGAGCAGAUGUCCGUAGAGCCGAGCCACGACCACUCUGUGAAAAACUCACGCAGGCGCAGUCUGAUCUGGAGGCUCUUUGAGCACUUGGAAAGUUUGAACACCGCCCGUUGCCGCAUCUGUCUGAAGAAGCUACACGAAAGCGGUGGAGUCAGCAACCUUCGUCGACAUUUGAAUAAAAGACACCCGAUGGUGCUCUCAGAGCUGCUGGCCAGCGAGCAUCAACUUCCUGCAGYGCCUUCACUGGUAGUCGAUGCUAACGAUGUUACUCACGAGAACCACCAAGAUCCAGUGGUAUUGGUGGAAGGCGACACUGUGGUCAUGACUGUACUGACUGCACCUGAAAAUCCAGUCAAGGGCCUCGUGGACUCACUACAGGAGGAUUCAGCACAGGUGAUAACAUCUGCAGAGGAGGGCUCAGGUGUUAAUGCUGGAACAGGUGAAACCUCGUGGAGCAACACUCAGAAAUGGAUUCCAGUGGAAGCGCUGCAGGAUGGCAGCACUGACGUUACGUCUCCAACGAACGAUACCGAAAUCAAUUCAGCCAUAAACGGCAUACUGGAGACUUUGCAGAAAGGUUCAGCAGCACAAGCAACACGAGCGGCGCCCGCAGGUGAAGGUGAGGAGCAGUCUGUAAAGAAAACUCGCAGGCGGAGUUUGAUGUGGCAGCACUUUAAACGGCUGGACAGUCUGAACAUGGCUCAGUGUCAGAUCUGCAUGAAGAAGCUUCGAUGCUUCGAGAGCGGCUGCACCAGCAACCUGCACCGACACAUGUCGAAGAGGCACCCGCAGGUGUUCUCUAAGACGACGUCCAGCCAGCGGCAGCACCCGACACUGAACUCAAACCCACUGAAGACCAAUACGCUGARAAGACACAACGAAAUGAUGCCAGUGGAAGAGGAUGUCAGCGCUGACAGUACUGCCCCAUCGAACGAGACCGUAAUCAGCUCGUCCAUAAACGGCACACUGGAGAUUUUGAGGGAAGGUUCGGCCCUAGCAGCGCCUGCAGAUGAAGGAGAGGACCAGUCUGAAAAGAAACCCCGCAGACGGAGUAUGAUUUGGCAACACUUUAAGCGACUGGAGAGUUUGAAGGCAGUUCAGUGUCAGAUUUGCAUGAAGAAGCUGCAGUGGUUCAAGGGCGGCUGCACCAGUAAUUUGCACCGACACAUGUCGAAGAGGCACCCGCUGGUGCUCGCCAAGCAGCAGCAGCAGCAGGACACGACACCAAACUCAAAUUUACAAAAGAUCGUUACUCUGAGAAGACACGACGAAAGGAUGCCAGUCCAUGCAGGUGGACCCACAGGUUCAAGGGAAUCCGAAGUGGAUAGCAGAGCGAUGAAGCAGGAAAAGGAGCUGAUCGAAGCCCUGAGGAGAACGCAGAGGGAGGAGGCUCGGACUCUGGAACAGCAGAGGGAGCUGGUCGAGAAGCUGAGAGCAGCCAGCGCCAGAGAGGCGGCUGCAGAGCGGGAGAACAUCGAGCUGCUGAGGAAACUACAGAUGCAGGAAGCCAAAGAGUUGAGCAGACAGCGGGAGGAGCUGGAGAAGGAAAAGACUGAGCUUCAGAGGAGGUGGGAGGAGCUCCAACGGGAAAGAGAAGAGAUUUUGUUGCUCUCCAGAGACAAGGAAGCCUCUGGAUGAUGUUCUGACAUCAGCCGUGGAGAAACUUGGUCCAGGACAGAUGAUUUAAAGAUUCUUCCUCACCCUGCAUUCAAUCUGAGCCACGAGCAACUCUAAAAUAUGUGAACUUAGAUAGUUUUGUCUUUUUAGUGGGUUUUGCUCACAAAUGUAUCUCCUGUCAAAUAAAACUGCAUCAGAGUC